UCAGAGCUCUUAAGCAUACCAUACACUUCAGCUCGCAGGGGCUGAUUUGUGGUUUAAAAUUAAUAUAAAACAGUGGUGAUUCGAAUUCGACAAACACCGUAUCGCCUGUAACCAGGAAGAGGUCCAGUGUUUCGAAACAGCUGUGUCGUGUUUACAUAGAGUAGAAUCAAAAUGAAGGUAGCUCUGGUACUUUUGGCUAUGGUAGCCGUGACGUUGGCGACUCCGGUCGAGAAGGUUAACAAGGUCGAGAUCCACGAACAGCAAACGGUCACCCUUUCCGAUCGUGCGAAGUACGAGGAGGAACUACUCAGAAAAUUGAACGCCAAGUGUUCCCAGAACGAUAUCAGCAGCUGCGUUAUGCUCAAGCUCGUCACUUACAUGAACAAACUGUUGAAAAAAGCCUCCAUCGAACUCACCGACGACAUUGAAAUUAGAAAGACGAGUUCCGUGAGCGAGGAAACUUCCUUCACCGCCGCCAGAAGCAACGACGAAGACACCCAGAUACUGGACCUGGUCACGAACAAAAUUUACUCCUUCGUUAAAUCGAGGAGCAUCAAAUGGCGAGUACUCCCCGAAGACGACGUCGUUGUAUCAGCGUCGGAGGACGACACCGGUUCCCUCAACCUCGGACUGUCGAUCGAACACGCGGACAACGCCGUUCAGGACGGUCGUGGGAAGAAAAAUGGUAUGGGACCUCUCCUUGCCGCUGCGGUGAUAAAGAUCGGUCUGAUCGGCGGUCUGGCCUUCAAAGGAUUAGCUUUGUUGGUCGGCAAGGCUCUCCUCCUCUCGAAGAUCGCUUUACUCUUGGCCGGUAUAAUCGGUCUGAAGAAAUUAUUCUCCCAACAAAAGCACGUUACGUACGAGGUGGUAGCCCACCCCCAUCACUCUUCGAGUCACACCUACAGUUCGGACCACGGCGGUCAUGGGGACAGCUAUUCCAGCGGAUGGGGAAGAAGUCUGGACGUUUCCCCGGUCGCCGUAUCCCCAGAGGGUGUGAGCGACGCUCACGACUUGGCCUACGGUGCUCACAAAAAUUAAUUUCAAGAAAAACCCCGUUACCACCGCAGACUUUGAGAGCCUGCUGUCGCGAGAGGGAGGUGAAUAACAUGUAACGUCGAUAGCCUGGAUGCUGAUGAAAAAGAAGGAGAGAAAAAAACGAAAUAAUAAUAAUAUUACGCGACGUAGAAAAGCGAAAGCGGUCAAUAAUCGAAAAAAUUAAAAAGGUCACCGCGGAGAUUCGUUCGACGUUAUAUUUGCAUCGUGAACUGGAUCAAGGUUUGGAAUAAUUCUAACCCGCCAUCAGAGCACGCGAUCACUUCUGUUCAUCAUCUCGCAUCGUUUGUUGGACGCUUUUCACAUAAUCUUUAUUCAAUUUUGUUCGCGAGGUUUUUCUCAUUAAUUGUUCAAAGAUUAUCGUAUCAAGAUCAUCAAACUGCUUAUCCAUUCGCGGGAAAACUCCGUCUUCUAGGUCACGUACUACGCGCUUUCCGGUAUAAAUCUUACACCAGCAGCAGCUUUCUCGUCACCGGUAUAAUAUAUAAAUAUAUCUUCAGCUACCUCGAUUCCAAUGCGAAACCAGUUCACGAUUCUUAGGUGUAGAAAUAUAACAUUUUAUUUAUUAUCCACUAACGCUCUCCGCACCUACAAGCAAAGAGAAAAGAAAACCCAACAAAACAGCAACGGAAACAAAGAUAGGAAAAAAAAAAAAUCGACUCAUCGUACGACGAUUUUCCGUAAAAAUAUUUCUUACGGUUAGAAAGACGAAUUCCGUAUUUUAUUUUAUUUUAUUUCUAUUUAUUUAUUUAUUUUUUUCUAACUAAAUUCGAAUUCGGUCCAGACAACGACACAUUUGACAUUGAUAAAGCAGAUUGCGACGUCCCCGAUGAUCCAACUUCUGGUAAUGAAGGACAUCUGGUGGACACUGUGAUAAUCACGCGAACUUUUGAAUAUACCGCGACGCCGACCGAAGAAAGCCGAAGUGGAGAGUUCAACGAUUGCAACCUGCAUAGGCGACGCCGACCGAAGAAAGCCGAAGUGGAGAGUUCAACGAUUGCAACCUGCAUAGGAAGGCUCGAUUCCGACACUCCGACGUGGAAUAAAUACGCACUUUACGGACUUUAACGACACUAACGAAAACUGAUGAAUUUUUUUCCGAAACUCCAUCGAACAGACCAUAAUCAUACGACGACGCCUUACACGCUGUUAUUAUUAUUAUUGUUAUUAUUAUUAUUAUUUAUAUCAUGUUAUCAUUAAUAAUUUAUUCUAUUCGACACGUUACAUAUGCGCGCAAAGCGAUAAACGAAAUAAUAUGGAUGUACGAGUAUUGUUUUAUGAAAUAAAUAUUUAUUGAGUGUGUUUUUUUU